GAAACUUAUGCAAACUAGGGGUGGGGCUAUGUGUGAUCCGUCAGUGCAGGUUAGAGGUGCAGGGAGCAGGUGUGCACAGGUCUCCAAACAGCAGGGAGCUGUCAUUCAAGGCGGUUUGCCGACAUUAAUUUGUUGCAUUUGGGGAUUAGCCGCAGAGAUUAAGGCCUGAUAAUGGCCAACUUUGGAGGACACGCUAUUCCUGGCUCUUUUUUCCUGCUCUAUGGCUUCUGGCUAACAGUGAAAUAUGUUCUCCAACACUACUGGAGGACAAACCAGCCUAAAGGACGACAGACUUUGCCGCCAAUCUUUAAAAGACUGGACUACAUUGAAGGAGGGUUCCAGAUAUUUGCUGCUUUUAUUGGUAUUAUGGUUGAGCAGUUUGUGGUGGACGGGCCACAUGCUCAUCUCUACAACGACGGCGGGUGGAUUAAGUUGAUGAACUGGCAGCACAGCACAAUGUAUCUGUUCUUUGGGAUUUCUGGAAUAGCUCUGAUUUUAAGUACAAAAUUCCAACUGGUGCCAAGAGGAGUGGGCCGCUUUGGUCUCUCGUUAGCUCUUUUUGUUGAAGGGUUUCUGUUUUACUACCAUGUGCACAGUCGACCUCUUCUGGACGCCCACAUCCACACCCUGCUCCUGGUGGCGGUGUUUGGAGGCUCAGCCAGCAUCAUGCUGGAGAUGUUCAUAAGAGACAACAUUAUUUUAGAGCUGUUCGGGUCAUGCAUGUUCAUCCUACAGGGUUCGUGGUUCUACCAGAUUGGAUUCGUACUUUACCCACCAAGUGGAGUGGAAUGGAUCUUGACCGAGCACGCCAACGUCAUGUUCGUCACAAUGUGCUUCUGCUGGCAUUUAGCUGUGGCCCUGCUUUUAGUCACUUCCACUGCAGUUGUAGUUUGGUUGACUGUGGUGCAAUUCUCGGCAAGGGGACGAGACAUAGAGAUCGGAAUGCGUAACACAUCCUCUGAAUUGACCUCUCAAAAAGCUUUGCUUCAAGAGUCAGAUGAAGAAUGAAGGCAUGUUUAUGGCUCUUUGAUUUCAUUUUUCAAAUCUUGAUCUAUUUUAUCUAUUUUAAAAAAAAAUGUCUAAAGAAAAUAAGAUUGAAAUCCAUGUGAAUUAACUAUUAUCAUGUUUGUAAAUAUUAAAAAGGACAAUUCA